UCACUCGCAUCCUUAGAGCAUCAGCACGCUACAGCAACAUUCUCUGCAUCCAGAAGACUCCUACUCCAUCCUGAUACAGCAGGCUUAAAGCUUUGAGAUUAUAGUAAUGGAGAGCUUGCUGGAUAACCCAAUGAAAGCUGUGCUUUAUCUCAAAGAACUGACCACUAUAGUACAAAACCAGCAGAGUCUGAUUCAAACCCAACGGCAGCGCAUCGACGAGCUGGAGAGGAAGGUUGAGGAUCUGAUCGGCGAGAACCGUCAGCUGAGAGAUCCGCAUCAAUUUCACCACCAUCAUCCGCACCACCAUCACCACCCAUCUCCGCGGACCAGCAGCCCUCAGCCGGCCGCUCACCCGCACCAGCAUCCGGCGACUCACGGUCAAAGCCAGCCGCAGCAGCAUCCGUCCAAACAGCCGCAGCAUCCUCCGGCAGCUCCCCUCCAUCACCCGCAGCAUCUGCAGCUCGUACCUACGUCCCCACCGACUCUCAAAGCGAGCCAAUCCAGCCCGGAGUCCGCGGAGGACGAGAAGAGGAGCCCGUCUUGCAAGUCUCUGGUUCCGCAAACUCCUUCGACAUUGUGCCGGUCCGUUGGACUCGCCAGGAAACCGGAGAACCAGACAGUUCUACACCAGUUCUGCUGUCCUGCUCCAGACGCCCCUGAGUCUGACUCUCAGGCCUGUGUACCCAGUGAAGAGCCACCUCCUCCUUCCAUUACAACACCAUCACCUGCUGCAUCUCCAUCACCUGGGGUGACUUCCAGCAGUGCCACCCAGCCCGAGGUUCAGGUGGCACCGCAGGUUGCAGGGAGCACCGUGACAUCUGUCGAUUCAGGAGGGGGAAAUGGGGAUCGAGAUGGAGGUGACACGCAAGAGAGAGAGAGUGCAGAAGUGGAGAAGGAAGAGGUGAGGGUACAAGAGAUUGAACAGGAGGAAGAAAAACCUCAGGCUCAACCGCCUCAACCAGUGCAGGAAGAGGUGAAGAAGGAGACAGGGGAGCAGGAAAAGGAAACAGCAAGUACAGGAGGCACAGGAAGGAGGCCAAGCUUGCAUCACACUGCUUCGCCAAUCAGAGUACAGAGGAAUGGAUCAUGCAGCCACUCCACCACCUCCGACUAUGAACUCUCGCUCGACCUCAAAAACAAGCAGAUCGAAAUGUUAGAGCACAAAUAUGGGGGCCACCUCAUCUCACGCCGUGCUGCUUGCAAGAUCCAGACGGCUUUUCGCCAGUAUCAGCUCAGCAAAAACUUUGAGAAGAUCCGAAACUCCCUCCUCGAAAGUCGUUUGCCACGCCGUAUCUCCCUGCGAAAAGUGCGGGUGCAAAAUACAGAGGGUAUCUCAGCUGAACGGGCGCUGGCUGAAGGCUGCAAUCUGGCAAGUAUCCCCCUUGUCCGGUCCCCAUCCUUGCCCACGACGGUAGGUGGCUCCCUCACUGACCUCGAAGAUUCCUUCAAUGAGCAAGUCCAGUCUCUUGCCAAAUCCAUUGAUGAUGCACUUAGUAACUGGAGCAUGAAGACCAUGUGUUCACUCCAAGAAGGUGGCACCUACCAGUUUAGCUCAGAGGCCUUUAGUACAGCUGGUGGCAAAUCUGGGUUGGCAGGAACAGUUCGAGAAGGUGGUCCCAUGGACCCUGCCACAUUCCAUAGCGGAACAGGCCAAGUAGACAAUUCUGAGAACGUGGCCCGGAGUGCCAGCAAGCUGAUGAUGGCCUUCCGGGAUGUGACAGUUCAAAUUGACAAUAAGAACUUUCACAUGUCCUCUUCCGUUAUGGAGUCCUCCACCUCUGUUUCUCUCGGUAAUUGUGUCCAGCAGGGGGCCAUAAUUACUGAGAGCCCACAGCAACCUCCGGUCAGUGAUGCAAAGGAACAACCUCAACAAGGACAACCACCACCAUCUCCACAGGAUCCAGCUCCUCCACCCCUAGACCAGGAUGCUGAGGAAAUACCAGAUGGCGAUUUCCCAGCUCCUCCACCAAGUGAGGAGGAGCUUGGGGAGGAUCUUCCACCUCUGGUCUUGGAGAAACAGGAAGUUCCAGAACCAGCAAUUCCGGUAGAGACAGCAAUAACCUCUGAAACCUUGUCUCCACCAGAGGUUGCAGAGACGCCAGUCACCCCAAUUGUAGAGGUUUUGGAAGCUAAGCGAAUUGAGUCAGACACAGCGGACAACAGCUCAGAGCAGAUGAGUAGCAGCAGUACAUCCACAUCAGCUCAAUCGGCUUCUGAGGUCUCGUCCAAAGAGGCUUUACAGGCCAUGAUUCUUAGCUUGCCCCGAUACCACUGCGAAAACCCAACCAGUUGCAAAUCUCCUACCCUCUCCACUGACGUCAUGCGAAAACGCCUAUAUCGUAUUGGCCUGAACCUCUUCAACAUAAAUCCAGACAAAGGCCUCCAGUUUCUCAUCUCUCGUGGGUUCAUUCCGGAUACGCCUAUAGGUGUGGCACAUUUCCUGCUCCAGAGGAAGGGGCUAAGCCGACAGAUGAUCGGCGAGUUUCUUGGCAACAGCAAGAAGCCGUUUAACAGAGAUGUGUUAGACUGUGUGGUGGAUGAGAUGGAUUUCUCGGGGAUGGAGUUGGAUGAGGCUCUGAGGAAGUUUCAGGCUCAUAUCCGUGUGCAAGGCGAAGCGCAGAAAGUGGAGAGACUGAUAGAGGCAUUCAGCCAGCGUUACUGUAUGUGUAACCCAGACGUGGUGCAGCAGUUCCACAAUCCUGACACAAUCUUCAUCCUUGCAUUUGCCAUCAUCCUCCUCAACACGGACAUGUACAGUCCCAACAUCAAACCUGAUCGUAAGAUGAUGCUGGAAGACUUCAUCCGCAACCUAAGAGGGGUUGAUGAUGGUGCAGAUAUUCCACGAGACAUGGUAGUGGGAAUAUAUGAGCGUAUUCAGCUGAGGGAAUUACGAUCGAAUGAAGACCAUGUCACUUAUGUCACCAAGGUGGAGCAAAGCAUUGUGGGAAUGAAAUCGGUUUUGUCGGUGCCUCACAGGAGACUGGUGUGCUGCAGUCGGCUGUUUGAAGUGACUGACAUCAACAAAGCCCAGAAGCAAGCUGCUCACCAGAGAGAGGUCUUCCUCUUCAACGACCUACUUGUGAUUUUGAAAUUGUGUCCGAAGAAGAAGAGUUCAGCUGCAUACACCUUUUGCAAGGCCAUGGGGCUGCUGGGCAUGCAGUUCCACCUGUUUGAAAAUGAAAACUAUCCUCACGCCAUCACUAUUGUGUCUCCGUGUUCGGGCUCUGAUAAGAAGCAGGUGUUGAAUUUCUGUGCUCAGAGCGCAGAGGAGCUGCUCAAGUUCGUAGAGGACCUGAAGGAGUCCAUCGCCGAGGUUUCAGAGAUGGAACAGAUACGUAUUGAAUGGGAGUUGGAGAAACAACAGGGAGCCAAAACUCACUCCAUCAAGAACAACGGGACUCCGCUUGAGUUGAGGGGAAGACAAGGUUCUCCUUCAGAAAAACAGGAAAUGAACGCAUCACAGAGCGAACACAAUGCAGUAGAGGUGUCAAUUCACAACAGGCUUCAGACGUACCAGCUCAACGCGGCACCGCAGAGCCCUGAGAGCACCGCCCUUCUCAACCACCAGAGGGAGCUCUUCCAGCAGCCUCCAUUACAAUGCGCCAGCCCCACCCCCUUACACUCCUACCAGCCCAUGGCCCUGGCCGAGAUACGACCCGACACGCUCAUCCAGUGCCAGCAAAUCGUCAAGGUCAUCGUCUUGGACAAAGGCGGUCACGGACGCAUGGAGGCGUACCUCAGCCAGAGCCCCACUCAUCACCAGCUCAUCCAGUCUGUCAUCUCCACACCAGUGCGCUCACCUGAUGGCGGAGGCAACCAGGGAGGAAACAACGACGGUUCACAACCGCCCUUGCCUCCACCUCCACCACCGUAUAACCACCCUCACCAGUAUAUACCCCCUGAUCCCCGCCUUGCACUGCAGAGGACCCCAAGUGGCUCUCGUAGCCUGAUGUAGAGUUCAAACCAAUAACUAUAAAACACUCCAGGCACACUUUUGAGAGUAUUUAUCUGCAUAUGUAUAUAUAUAUAUGAAAGAAAUAUCAUGAAAAAAUGCUAUCUAUAUGCAUAAAUUUAAGGUAAGAGACAUUUAUUGACUUUGCAGAUAUGUGAAACAAUCAAUAAGAAAAUACGAUUUACCUAAUUGCUGUGUAUUUUGAAACGUUAUGUAGUUUUAACAAAUUUCUAUAACAGUUUUCGUCCUUCUGGACACUCUCUGAGGUUAUAUCUUUGAGUACUUGUUCUUGACAGAAUUUGUUAUAGACAAAAUGAUUUCACGAAAAAAUGUGGCACCCGACAACAUUCGUUUCAAUUCCACCGACACUUGCUUUUGUGUGGGAGCUGGUUUUAAGUGUAAAGUCACCCUUUUUGGCUUUUAUUAUCCUAUUGAUGAGUCUAUUUAGUGUGUGUGUAUGCUUUUGACUGGAAAAUGAUAUACGUGCCAAAAUGAGGACUCCCUCCACCGUGAACUUUUUGCACUGUUGAACACUUAGGGCUAGAGCAAACAUUUGUGCUUACAGCGGGGAAAAAAAGUAUUUAGUCAGCCACCAAUUGUGCAAGUUCUCCCACUUAAAAAGA